GCCCACUGAAGAUGGCGGCGGAGCUGCAUCCGCGGAGCGGAAAGCUGAUCGGCCUGUCCAACUCGAACCGAACCGCCCGGCGAAACCAGCCAGUCCAGGAGUUCAACCACGGCCUGGUGCUCAGCAAGGAGCCGCUGAGGGACAGGGAUGUCUUCACCGUCCGCAUAGACAAGAAGGUAAACAAUACCAGGCCCUCUGCUGCAGCCGCUGCUGCCUGUGUGCGGGGCUGAGAGCAGCAGGAGAGCGGGGAGCGGUGCGGGGUGGACGGGGCUGGAGGUCCGUCUCUGUCCGCAGUGAGGGGCUCCUCUCACCCGGGGCGGGUUACUCUGCUGACAGCAACCACUGCUGUCGCAAGUGGUCAUUGUUGAGUUACAUAAGCGGUCCGAGAUUAGACAAGGACAGCUGGAGUUAAUAAACAGGUCCCUGUGUGCAGCAGCAGCAGCAGACAUGUCCAUCACUAAGCUAAUGAUAACCUGCUGCCUACUGUGUUGCCUUGGUAGCGUCAGUUAGCCAUGCUAAUCAGCCGCUAGCUGUUGGGGUGAUUUCAGGCUAACCAUGGCUAGCUUUUCUGGAAGGUGUUCUGAAGGCUGUGUGUUGUAUUGUCAAUGACUUUAUUUUGACUAUUACACUAAAAAAAACAAGGUUAACGGAGCUUGUGUAGUUUUGAAGGAUUAUUUGACAGUGGUUAUUCGGUGCCUGUCAGCCUCUCUGACAGUCCGAUGGGUGGCUAACGAUACUGCAGUGCUCACAGCAGUCUGGGCUAUUACACUUGUUCCAUGUGUCGAGUUAAAUACACACAAAGCAUACAAUUAACCACAGCUUCCUGCUCUCUGUGACCAUAAUUAAAACUCAGCUGCAUGUUUAAGCUCUCAGCUUUUGUGAGCCCCUUUACAAACGUGUCAAUACAAACACAACUAUCCACAAUGAGACCUCAGCACCUCUCACACUGAAUUUCAUGAUAGGUUUCACCAACAUAGUGUAUAAAAACAAACAGGGAAUUUGGUUAUAUCUAAAGUACUUGUACUCAAAUCCCUUUUCGACAGUUUAUAUCUGCUCUAGGUUGAACUUAUUGAGUAAAAAAAAAACAUCAACAGAGAAUGAGGAGCAACUGGAUCCUCAAACUCCAUGAACACAUUCUACUGUAGUUUAUCCAGAUCCUGAUAAGAUUGUGUUGUUCCGCACAUUUUUUUGUCAGUUAUUAUAGUAAAUGACAUGAAAAUGACCCCUUAUUAACACACGUCCUUACUUUUAGGUAUGUCAAUGACCAAUAUCAUCCUUCUACAUCCCCUUCAUCCUUGAAUUUCUGCUUCUGCUUAUCGGUUGACGCUUUGUGACUCUGGUCUUUUCAUACCAUAUCAAUGCCUGUGCACACUGUUGACAUUUUUGGUGUUAUCAGUAGCAGAGCUUGUCUCUUGUAAUGGCCUCUAACUGUGAAGUUUUCGGCCUUACUGACAACAACACAGCUGCUCUGCACAUACUCUCCUAACAGACCAGGACGUGCGACUACUUCGGGAUUAUAUUUACCUGAAAAGAAGCCGCAUGUUAGCCAACGUCCAUGUUGGCACUCUCAGCCUUGUGCUCAGUCGUGACAUGCGUUGUCUCUCUGAAAAUCAAUAUUUUUCCAUCACAGAUUGGCAUGAUUGCCCAUCCUGUGAAAUGGUUUGCACUAAGCUUUGGUGGAUGUUUAAAACUGCUCGAAAGACAACAAGUCAGAGAGUCACUGAAGAAAUGAUCAGACUUUUUAGGACAGAAGAAAGUUGUUAUAGGUGUGAGUUUUUGAAUUUGGAUAGUUUUGGCAGAAUUGUUUACAUCUAUGUUGGCAAACUAGAGAGGAAUACUACUGGUAAAGUCUUUUGAAUCGUAAACAGAGAGUGGCCGUGGCUCAGUUGCCUCUUAUUUGGGAGGUUGGAGGUUCGUCUCCAGUUCCAGCUGUCCACAUGCCUAAAGUGUCCUUGGGCAAGACACUUGACCCCAAGUCGCUCGGCUGGUUGCACCGACAGUGUGUGAAUGGGAUUAGUUCAAACUGAUGGGUGCUUAACAUAGCAGCCUUUGCCAACAGAGUGUGAAUGUGUCGGUAGUUGUUGAAUACUUUAUUUAAUUGUAUUUUUUUGCCACAUCUCCUUUAAAAUGUGGAUAUUUGAAUUUGAAACCAGGGUUUAUAUAAGUGUAAAUCUACUCCAAAAUGGCACAAAGUUAAGUCAACACAAAAUUUAACUCACUUUAGAGUUAAACUCUGCCUUUUUUAGACUCCAGCUGUUACAUUUCGUGUGUGUGUGUUAUUGUGUUUCGUGAGAUGAGAAGCUUUCCCCUCUCUAAAGUCGAGGCCGGACUUCCCAUGCCCUGAUUUUGGAUAUAAUGAAUUUUUAAUUGUUUCCAAAAGCUGUCCACUGGUCCUAGUUGGCAUGUAUGACUGUAUCCUGCAGUUAUCGCUCCUUUGAACAGAGAGAGAGAGGGUGAGAGAGAAAGAGAGAGAGAGAGUGAGAGGCAGACACCCACAGGCUGCCGUUACAUAAGUGAAUAAGCGAGGGAAAGAGAUGUCUGUCUCCUCUACACAGCGACCCGGUCAGGCUGAGUUCCUUCUAAAUCUGUUAACCCAGAUACCUGGGCGUUCGUAGCACACUGACUUACAUAGCACCUGCCAGCAGAGAGUCGAGGAGGACACCGUGGAAGCAGACGAAACAGAGGAGACGAAUGGGACAGUAUUUUUAAAAACACUGGAUAUCUCUCAGGAAAUGUCUUUUGUUUUUUUUGUCUUCCUAACGGAGGUGAGCUGCAGAAAAAAACAUCCCAGGAGCUGGCUCUGCUUCAAUGCUACGCUCAAGGUCACUUCAUCAGGGUGGAUUACUGCCAACUUAAACCAGAGUCCUGCGGAGCACAAGGAGAAAAAAGGGACACCAGCGAUUAAUUCUGAAGUUUCAGGGCACUUCUGACUCAUUUACGUUUUUUUUUUCCAGAGGAACAGCCUGCAUGGCUUUUUGUCGGAUGUUGUCGUUCUCCAAAGGGGGCGGCAGGUGGAGUGCAGCGAGCCAGGACAUCCACUCCUCAGCAGGAUGACGUGGGUUCGUGCCCCCUGUGUUGGAAAAGCUUCUGCUGGGCUGAAGUGUCUCUGAGCAGGACUGUGACUCUGCUCUGUAGCGCUGCAGUGGAGCUAAAUAAAAAAAAAAAGAAAGAGACUGAAUUCACCCCCUUGAGAUCAAUAAAGGAUCACAUCAUCCUGAGCUUCUGUUGAGCUUUAGUUUCACGGAAGAAGACAUGGAUAUCUGGAGCUGUCUGUUAUGGGAUAUGAGUCGAGUGUUGUGCAAAAACAAGGAUUUUUUUUCCAGUCAAACAUUUGCCCUCUGUUUACGAAAACUGGGGGCCAGAUCAUGAAGGUGACUUCUCAUGCCUGGACCACACAAGCAUCCACACUUAAAUCUGAAUCCAUGAUGGUCCUUUAAGGAGAAAUAGAUCUGUUUGACCCUCGGUUCAUUCCUUCACUCUGUUCUCUCUGCCAGUUAAUAAUAGUUACUCCUGUGCUCCGUUAGCUCCCUCCGCAGAGCUUGUUUUGCUUUUGUGUCACAGUGUGUUCAAAGGAGCCCUCCCUGAGCUACGUUCUUUGCUGACAGACCGCCUAAAAAUAACAAGACGGAUCAUACAACAAGGCUCACUUUGUUUUCCAUAGAUAUCGUCCCGCAGUUUUUAGCACAGUGCUUCACCCUUUGAACAUCACACCUCAGAAUAACAGCUGCUGAGAACUGCUCUGUCACUACUCUCUCUUUCUGGGGCUGUAAAAAAAUCACUAUUAUCACCUAGAUUAAAAUUUUUAGGCAUAAAAUCAGGCAGUUUGUGGCUAAUUCUUUGACAAAAUACUUGUUAAAUAUUGAAUUUAGUAAAGCAAGUUUAAUUCUAAAGCUAAAGUUAAAAACAAAAAAAGGAUUAAACGAAAACAUGACGGGGGAAAAAAUGAUUGAUUUGGUAUCAGUGAUACUUUUUGCCUUGUCAAUAUUCAGUCCCGACCAGUGUUGUUUUCGUUGACGAUGACAUUGACGACAAUAUUUCGUCAACGUCAAUGAAAACAACACUGCAGAAUAUAUGUUUGGUGUUUGACUGAUGAAAUGCUCACGAAUUUUGCGACUCUGUUUGUCAUCCACCACUUAAGUUUUCGUCUCGUCAACGUACACACACAUUCGUCUCGUCACAUUUUAGUCAUCUAAGACUUAUGUUCGUCAACGUCACGUCUUCGUCGUGGAAAAAAAUGUUUACUACGACAAAAUAUUUCGUCUAAAAAAACAACACUGGUCCCAACUCGACUAAACAUUCUCGUUUCCUUCUUAGGUGAACUCGUGGAGCGGUUCCAUCGAGAUUGGCGUCACGGCCCUGGACCCCGCCGCGCUGGACUUCCCCAGCAGCGCCACAGGCCUCAAAGGCGGCUCCUGGAUCGUGUCAGGCUGCUCCGUGCUCCGGGACGGCCGCUCCGUCCUGGAAGAGUACGGCCGCGACCUCGACCAGCUAGCCGAGGGCGACCGCGUGGGUAUCCAGCGCAGCUCCCGCGGCGAGCUCCACCUGUGGGUGAACGGGCAGGACUGCGGCGCCGCGGCCAGCGGCUUGCCGCCGAAGCUGUGGGCGGUGGUGGACCUGUACGGCAAGUGCACUCAAGUGACGGUGGUGAGCUGCGAGCCGCCGCCGCCGUCCGCGGAGAAAGAGACAAUAGAGAGGGAGGAGGAGGUGGAUGAUGAAGAGGAGGAGGAGGAAGAGGUGGUGGUGUGUGGGGUGCGGGAGGAUGCGGGGAUCACAGCACUGAUGAAUGUGGCAGCAAUUAAUGGAAUGAUGAACGGAGAUGAAGGUAGGUCUCCUCUUCCUCUUCUUAGACACUCUGCUUCUCAUUUCACACUUGAAUUCUGGGAUUUGUAGUUUUUGUAUCCCUUUUUUUUUGUCAGUGCCUGAGCUGAGUUGCAGUCACAGCAGACCUGACAAGUUCCCCAACAACCUGGAGCCUGACACAGGUAAGAAAACCCGCCGCAGAUCAGCUGACACUCGGACACUGUGCAUCAUCAGCAGUUUUGAAUACCCCCUCUUCCUCUUCCUCUUCCUCUUCCUCUUCCUCUCUGUAGUUCUGACGGAGCACCAGCUCUUCGACGUGUUCAACAACGCAAUAGUUUCUUUUUAUCGCUCUGAAGACGAGGGCGGAGGGGAGGACGGAGGAGGCGGAGGAGGAGCAGGCGAUGGCGGCAGCGGAGGAGGAAAUUCAGGAACCGACACUUCCUCUAGAAAUGACAGGGGGAGCAACAGCAGCGGAGGAGGCGCCGUCAACAGCGAGAGCGGGACAGGGACAACAGGUGGAGGAGGAGGGAGUGGUGGGAGUGGAGACAGUGGAAACACUAACAGUAGUCCUGCGAGUAACGGAGGAGGCGGACAGGGGGUUAUCACAGGCGGGAUGACCACAAACGACGCGCUGCUUUUCCAUGAAAAGUGCGGCACGCUGAUCAAAUUAAGCAACAACAACAAAACGGCGGAGCGGAGGAGGCCGCUGGACGAGUUCAACAACGGCGUGGUGAUGACGAACCGGCCGCUCCGACACAACGAGAUGUUUGAGGUUGUUACAAUCGCUCAAUUCAGCAACAAGAUGUUUGUUUUUACCCAAAAACGGAUCAGAAUGAAACAGUGAAUUCUCUUAUCGUUUCUCAGAUUCGUAUUGAUAAGCUCGUGGACAAGUGGUCAGGUUCGAUAGAGAUCGGCGUGACCACACACAACCCCAACAACCUGGACUAUCCCGCAACUAUGACCAAUCUGCGCUCAGGUAACUCACAUAAACACAGACUUGAUUCAGACAGGAAGUAUUUCACGUGAAUUCGAUGAUGACUUUCCGGCUGUUUAAUGUCAGGUACAAUCAUGAUGAGUGGCUGUGGGAUACUGACGAACGGGAAAGGAACCCGCAGAGAAUACUGUGAAUUCAGCCUUGAUGAACUUCAGGUUUGUGUAAUCACACACACACGCACUCCAACACCUCAUUCUGCCACCUACUGUGCCAACAAGUCUGUAAAUAAUUCCGAUAACAUUCUCUGAUCCACGUUCAGGAGGGAGAUCAUAUCGGGUUGAUGCGCAAAGCCAGCGGAGCGCUCCACUUCUACAUCAAUGGAAUCGACCAAGGUGAGACCACUUGUGUGUGUGUCUGUGUGUGUGUGUGGAAAUAAACCCACUGCCUGGACUCUAAUUAGGAAUCUUCUGUUCCUGAUUUUAAGCUCUCUCUCUGUCUCUCUCCCCUCCAGGUGUCGCAGCAGCCCAGACUCCCGGCGUGGUCUACGGCGUGGUUGACCUUUACGGCAUGGCUGUCAAAGUCACCAUAGUCCACAACCACAACCACAGCGACCGCCUCAGACGAAACAACGCCAUCAUGAGGGCUCUAUCCCCCGACGUAGGCAGGCCCAGACCGGCGCUCUCCCUCACCCCAGACCCAGAGGGGCCCGACAGGCUGCUCUUUCACCCUAACUGUGGUCAGAAGGCGGCCAUCAUUGGUGACGGCAGGACGGCGUUGCGGCCACAGUGAGUGGAUUAGUGACAUUAUUUACCUGUUUGAGUUUGUUGCUGGUUUAUAAUUAGUGAAAAGUUAAAUUCUCUAAUUUGGAAAUAUUUUGUUUUGAAAGGAGAAAAAUCCUCUGUCAUGGAGCCCUUUCAAAAUAAAACACGACACACUUAUAACAAAAACUUCCUCCGCAGUGCAACCGAUGACUUUAACCAUGGCGUGGUCCUGAGCAGCCGCCCUCUGCGCUCCAACGAGGUGUUCCAGGUUCGCAUUGACAAGAUGGUGGACAAAUGGGCCGGGUCCAUCGAAAUCGGCGUCACAACACACAACCCCGCUUAUCUGCAGCUGCCCUCCACCAUGACUAACCUGCGCUCCGGUAAGAAAAACUACAAAUCUGCUUCCUGUUGUAGUUUCUCUGCGGUGUUUGAUCAAACUGGAUGAUGAUGAUGACGUUGUGUUGAUCCUCAGGGACGUGGAUGAUGACCGGGAAUGGCGUCAUGCACAACGGGACAACAAUACUGGAUGAAUACGGACACAAUCUGGACCGGCUCAAAGUGAGUGCUGCUUACGCCCUACUUCUCAGCUGACUGUAACUCGCCUCUGACCUCUGACCUCCUCCCUCUGACCUUUCUCCCAGUAUUUUUGAAACCGCUCUCCUCCUCCUCCUCUUACAGGCAGGUGACACAGUCGGAGUCGUUCGCAAAGAAGACGGCAGCCUCCACUUCUUUGUAAACGGUGUUGCUCAGGGUCCCGCCGCCUGGAAUGUCCCUCCCAGCGUGUACGCCGUGGUCGACCUCUACGGUCAGGCCGCUCAGGCCACCAUCAUGGACGACAUGGGUGAGAGAAAGAAAGCGAGAAACACAGAUUCACUUUUGAACAAGAGUUGAAAGAAGAUGCUAACCCUGACUUUUCUGUCUCUCCUCUUCUCAGUUGAUCUCCCUCCUCUCCCUGAGGACAGCUCAGAGGGUCCCACAGCCAUGUCUCCCGGGAGCCCCUGCUCAGUGGGCGGGGCUAGCACAACCAACGACCUGCGUUUCCACCAGCUACACGGCACCAACGCUGUCAUCACCAACGGGGGGCGCACCGCCCUGCGUCAGAAUUGCCGCAGCGAGUUCAAUGAUGCUAUAGUUAUUUCCAACAGGUGAUGAGUCCAGUGAUGAGAAACUUCAGAUUCAAACUUAUGUAUCUGUUGGCGGUCUACACAGACCAUCACGCUCUUUUGUUGCACUGGUGUCAACCUAUGACCCUCUUCCUUCUCUGCAGGUGCCUUCGAGACGGAGAGCUGUUUGAAAUCGUCAUCCAGAAGAUGGUGGACCGCUGGUCGGGCUCAAUCGAAGCAGGUGAGCUGUCUCUCCUCUUCGUUUUUCACAGCCGUACAUGUCGACAUAUCUCAUGUGCGAUUUAUUGAUUUUCUCUCCGUGUCCAGGAGUGACAGCAAUCAGGCCGGAAGAGCUCGAGUUUCCCAACACCAUGACCGAUAUCGACUACGACACGUGGAUGCUCAGGUAGGAUAUGGAGUGAAAAUGGAGACUUGGACUGUUUUAACUUUUGCAUGUAUAGAUUUCAGUUUAAGUGUAUUGUUUUGCUGCUAAGGUGCCUUUCAGAUUUCAACCCAGGGUUCUUAUGAAAGUACGGAAAUAAAUUUGAUCAAAUUCCCAGGUCUUAAAAAGUACAGAAAAUGACAAAUAAAGUAUGGAAAAAUAUUUAUGUUUCCAGACUAUUAUCACAGUUCUACAUUACUAUUGUCUAAAAUAGAAAAGUAGGUAUUUCCAAAAACUAUUCUAAAAAUUAGGGUAUGGAAAAGUAUGGAAAUUCCAACUGUGUAGGAACCCUGUAACCAUUUUUAGGUGCAGUAAAGAAAACCAUUGAAAUUCCUGAAAAAGUUUUUCCCCCUUAUUUAACCUGAAAAGUGAAACUUCCAGAUGCUUCCUGACAAGAAACUGGACUUUUCCACAAUACUCCAUAAAAUGAUACAUGACAUGGUGGAUUUUUCAUUUUUAUGAGCUAUACGCUGUAACUGUCAAGAUUCAAACAAAAAAAAGUCUUGAAAUAUUUCAUGUGGAUGAUGAAAUUUCACUUUUUAAAUUAGACUUGGAGGGAAAAAAUGAACUUUUUCAAGACAUUCACAUUUUUUAAAACUGCACCUGUGUUUAGACCCUUAAGUUUAAGAGAGCUGAAUCAUUCUCUCCCCCCUCCUACAGUGGGACAGCCAUCAUGCAGGACGGCAACACAAUGCGCAACAAUUACGGUUGUGACCUCGACUCCCUGACCACCGGCUCACGGAUCGGCAUGAUGCGCUCAGCCAGCGGGGACCUCCACUAUUACAUCAACGGUGUGGACCAAGGUGUCGCCUGCUCUGGUCUGCCACCAGGUAACAUAGGAGACUCCAACAGCCAGAAGUAGACUCUGCUGGAUUAGGAUUUGAGUUAAACAUCACUGGAGUGGUCUGUGAUCAGUUUUUCCCGCUCUUGUUGUUCUCAGAGGUGUUCGCUGUGAUCGAUCUGUACGGUCAGUGCGUCCAGGUGUCCAUCACCAGCUCCUCAGGUCCGCUGGACAACAGCCUCUGUACCAGCAAUGUCACUGAGAAGAGCUUCCCCAUCCACUCUCCAGGUACACACCAGGGUCCCCGCUCAGGUCUGCAAAAACCACAAUCUGUCAAAUACUUUUAUCAGAAAAAAAAAGCUUUAUAUGAUGUGUUUAAUUGUUAGAAAGUAAGGAAUCAAGUCGCCUAUCAGUUGUUCUCACUUCUGUUUUCCUCUGUUCUGUCUGUGUGUGUGUGUCUGUGUGUGCGUAGUUGCAGGUGUUGCCCAUCGGCUUCACAGCAAACACGGUAAAAAUGUGGUUCUGCUCGGAGAGGGCUGUCAGGCUGUCAGAGUCGGAGGUUACGCUCACGGCAUCGUCUUCAGCGCGAAGGAACUCAAAGCGGACGAGUUGUUUGAGGUAAAGAAGGCCUUCAUUCAUCAACCUAGCUUGAAAAUCUCUAAUUAUCCCGAUUAGCCUCUUAAAUAUUGAUCUUGGAGUUUAAUUAAUGACUUGUGAUUUACUUUCUACCUCCAGCGGGAACUUUUUUUUUUUAGUAUUCCCCUCCUUAAUCUUCCUCUCUCUCCUCCUCUGCAGGUGAGGAUCGAUGAGGUGGAUGAGCAGUGGUGCGGUUCGCUGCACAUCGGUCUGACUACGCUGUCACCCCCGGAGCUGCCAUCCUGCCCGCUGUCAGGUCUCUCCCCCUCCCUCCCGCAGCUCCGCACCAAGGUCACCUGGCUGCUCUGCGGCUCGGAGGUCCGUCGCAACGGCGUGCUGCAGCGCCAGAACUACUGCUGCUCACUGGACCGGCUGACGGUGAGCUGCACUCUCCCUCUGUUAGCUGUGGGCUCAGCUCCAACAACAAAAAACACCUCAGAGAUACCAGUUUGACUUUGACUUUAACCCUCUGUAGUUGAAGGAACAAGAAGUUUGUAAAAUACUUCAUAAUUGGCUGAUUCUCACUUGAAUCUCAUCGUCAGGUUGGGAACCGUGUGGGUGUGAAGAGGUGCAGCGACGACACCAUGCACAUCUUUAUUGAUGGAGAGGACAUGGGGCCUGCAGCCACUGCUGUAGCAAAGGUACACAUGCAUGUACACACACACACAUACACAAAUACGUGCACCUGAGCUCCCACUCAGCAUUGCUUUUGGCUCUUUGCAGAAUGUGUAUGCAGUUUUGGACCUAUACGGGCGGAUAACAGCGGUGUCCAUCGUAAGCUCAUCAUUAAUGGAGGACAUGGAGAGCGUCAAAGCGCCCUCGCUCUCCUCAGACAGCUGCAGCGAAGGAGAGGAGGACAGCACCCCUGUCAGAGAGGUAAGAGGCUUAAAGAACAGAGAGCACCGGCAAGAUUAAACAGAGCUGAGACUCAAACUUUUCCCCUCUCUCCUCGCUCUCCAGGUCGAGGCCGAGCCGUGCGCGCUGGUGCCGACGAUCAUGGCGUUCCUGGAGAACCACGGCAAAAACAUUCAGCUGUCCAACCAGAACCUGACAGCAGCCAGAGUGUCGAGCUACAAUCAGGGCUUGCUGGUCACAGCACAUCCGCUAGCUCGGCAACAGCUGUUCCAGGUACAUCUUUGAUCAUUUAGAAACCUUAUCAUUUGGAUUGACACCAUGGAAUCAUUUUUUCGAUAUGUAACUGGCCUCUGCUGCUCAGACUACAAAUUUACUCCUGGACCCCUGGACCUCUGGAAACAGAUGUUUGAGCAGAGUCUGUGAAUAGAAAUAAUAAAACUACUGUUUUUUUGCUUUUUUGUUUCUGAGUGGAUUCUAAACAUUAUGCAUCAGCACUUCAGAUGAAUUUGACGGCUGCCGUUUGCUCACAUCCUCUUUUGGCUUCAGUUUCAGAUUGACCGUCUGAACCCGUCUUGGACGUCGUCCUUGUCAUUAGGGGUGAUAGGCCACUCCCCCGACCGGUUAAACUUCCCCUCUACAGCGUGUUGUCUGAAACGCUCAGCCUGGCUGCUGCAGAGGGACUCGGUCUUCCACAACUCCUUAAAGGUCGAACACACAAGUCCAUACAGCAUUGAUUUUAUCAUCUUAGCCCCACGUCCACACUGCUUUGUCACCCUUACCCCUCCUUGCUCUAACUUCCCCGUCUACUCCUCCUCAGAUAUGCGAAAACUAUGGUCCUAAUCUGGAUACUUGCCCAGAGGGGACAGUGUUGGGUCUGCUGGUGGACUCCAACAGUUGUCUCCACCUCUAUGUCAACGGCAUGGACCAGGGUGUAGCUGCACAGGACAUCCCUUCACCCUGCUACCCCUUCAUAGACCUCUACGGCCAGUGUGAACAGGUCAGCACAAGCUUUUUUUGACGUUUCUUUCAUGUUGAAGUUAGUUUGUUGUUUUCUUUUGAUGAUAUCCUGCAUAUGACUUUUGUUUUGUUACGCCAGGUUACUAUAGUUACGAACAACGUGCCGGCCGUAGGGGGUGAAAGUGGUGAACCCCGCUGUCAGGGCGACAUGGAGAAGGCAGAUAUGGUUGAUGGUAAGAAGCUUAAUGGUUUCAUUUUGUGUAAAUAUUUCCAUUAAAGUUCUGAUCCGUCUUUAAAAGUCUUGGUUUGUCUCGUAUCAGGAAUCAAAGAGAGUGUGUGCUGGACGCCCCCUCCAGAGGUCAACCCCAACAAGACCUGUGAGUACCAGGCACUGUGCUCGCGUUUUAAGGACCUCCUCACAUUACCAGGUGAGUCUCACACCUCAGAUCUGAAUUUUUUGUCAUAACUUUAAACUGGUGUUACAUGAUCUCUAUUUCCCCUCUGUCAUUAAGAUGGCUAUUUUAAUGAAGACGCAAAGUAUAACCUGUGCUACUGUGAGUCCUGCCACAAGCUGCGGGGUGAUGAGGCUUAUUACAAGAGGGGAGAACCGCCCCGGGACUACGCCCUGCCCUUUGGCUGGUGCCGCUUUGCCCUCAGGUGAGAAGACGUCACAGUUAGCUAGAUAAUGUCUCGAUGUGAUACUGCAGUCAUAACCUAUUUUCACAGUCAAAUUAAAAGUUACUGUCUCUCAUAAGUUCAUGUGUCCUCUGUCUGCAGGAUCAAACCCCACUGUGAGGUUUCUAAUGCACUAAAGAAGUGGCAUAUAGCUUACCAUGGCACUAGUGUAGGAGCCCUGAGACGCACACUGGACCACAGCCAGCUGCUGCCUGGUAAGAAACACAUAGAUCCUUAUUUUAUUUUUACAAUAAUGCACCCUCUCCUCUGAAGAGUCUGUAUUUUUAUAUAUUUAGCUCAGACACGUUUCAAAAGCCUGCAUCUGUUGAACCACAGAGCGUACAUAAAGAUGGAUGGUGUGUCUCUGACCCCAUUGUUGUACAAAAGUGAGGGCAAAAUUGGGCACUGAUAUUUUCAGCGUCUAAAACAAGAGGGAUCCCUUUAUAGCAACAUAUUUAAAAUAAAUGUGCUUUUGUUGUUUUAGGAACAUCGUCCAUCUUCUCAGUAUCUCCGGUGAAGGCGGAGGGACCUAACGGCUACAGUGAGCCAGAGGAGAACAGCGCCCCCGGCAGGGAGGUUCCUAGAGUGCGGCUAUCCCCAACAAUGCGCUACUCCGGCAUGGAGAUCUUUGCCCCCAAAGUGCAGUAAGUGCAUAAAAGUGCAAUUUAAUUCAAAAAGUGCGUAAAGGAAGAGCAUCCUUACAAAUGGUUCUCCCUCCUCCAGAUUUCAGGACCCCCGUUCUCACCGCUGCCACCACGCUCAGGUGGGAUUCCAGGUGUGUGUGCGUCCCGGCUCCUACAAGGUGGGACCGCAAACGCUCGGCCACAGCGAGCCUCUGGAUCCUCGCUUCAGCAACUCAGAGAUCGAGUGGAUCACAAAGGAGCAAGGCGGCACGCUACUUUACGGGCUGCUCAUACGAGUGGAAUGAAGAGGGCAGCUAGUCAAAGGCAAUUUGGUGAGAGUGAGGAGGAUCCAUGUAGGUACUCCUUGUACUUUUAAAAAAACUGACAACCAAAUCCAACCCCUGCCUUGAGCAAGAGACUCCUCUGGAAUCCAGCUGUUCCUACUGUGGAUUGUUGACAAUUCAGCGUAUUGGUUUGUUUCUUUUUUUGUCUCACGGUUGUUGGCUCUUGGACUCUUUUAACGGCCAGGGGCUACGGCGGUUUCAAAGAAGAACAGACACUGCCUGCACUUUAUGUUUCGGACACUCGUGGGCGAUUUUUAAACUUACUUUGAGGCGCAAGUUCAUUCGCUACGUUUAGUUUUUGUCACCCAAGUUUAGGUUUUCACUCUCACCCCCUUUUUUUUUUUUUCUUUUUAUCAUCCUCACAAGCUAAUCUGCCCCAUUACCUUGUGGCGCUCACUUUAAUACUUCUCACCUCUGCUUUGGUCAGUGUUAUAUUUCGGGAGGAGCUGUCCCCUGCCAACCUGCACGUUAACGGAUUGUCACCAAAAACAACAAAAAAAAGAGACUGAACUGUGGAUUUAAAAAAAGGAGAAAAAAAAGAGUGACAAUGUUUUCAAGAAAAUAUUUAAAUAGAAACAGAAAAACACUUGAAUUUGAGAAUGAAUCCAAGAGCGUCUUGUGAUUGUGACUUCUUUUGGAGGGGAAGAUUUUAAAACUGGAGGAAGAAAAAAUGUUUACACAUGUGCUGUAUGUUGCUGUCCUCUCUAUGUCUCCACAUUUGCAGUCUUGCUGCUUUCUCAGUCCUGUUUUCAUUUCUAUUUUGGCCCAGCAUCAAUUUUGCCACGUCCUGUGUGAAGGCUCUACACUGUGGAGAAAACUGGAAGAAUUAAUAGAUAUAUCGACAGCCGAAGACAUACUUACCCUCCUUAAACUUUCAGAAAGCUAAAAACUAUGAAGACCACGAAUGUUAGGAGUAUGUGCCAGCCUUACUAUUCAACUGGGGAGAUUAUCACAACGUAUUUAAACAUAAAUAUAAAAUACUCAUGAUAGGUUUUGAUACAAUGGAAGGAGAACAAAUACAAUUUGGGAGAAACGCUUACCCACUUCUAGACAGUAAGAGCUGGGUGAGGAUAUUAAUGGCUCUUAUGUCUUUACGGUAAAUGAGCUAAAGCCUACAGUUAGCUAAGCUAAAUACAGAGACCAUAGACUGUAUAUACUAUGGACAACUUGGUUCUGCUUUCUGUCAUUGUACAAAUUUGAAGCCAAACUGCUCUCUGUAUUUCCGAGAUUCUCUCCACUUCCUGAAACCACCACUUGCGCAAUAGCAUUGUAUGCAUUCAGUGGGAGAGUCGCCAUGAGUCGCUGUGAUGAUGCUCGGCUCAAGGUGUCAAUCAAAGAAAACAUGAACCCCCGAAUAACUUUUAAAAACGGAGCUGUACAGAAAAAUGAGGACCUGAGCACAAACUAGUCUUACAGUAACUACAUGUCAACAUCGCAGCCGGGGGGGAGAAAAAUUUAUAUUCUGUGUAAUAAAUUUCUAAAGUUUGUCCACAGCUCCAUUAGCUUUGCUGGAGGAGGCGGGAUUUAUGACCUAUACUGCAGCCUGUCACCAGAGGGUGCUGUUCUCACGGUGGCUUCACCCAGCGAGGAGGCAGACGGCGUCCAUUCUAUAUAUAGUCUAUAAGAGAAACGCUUAUUCACUUCAAGACAGUAAGAGCUGGGUGAGGAUAUUAAUGGCUCUUAUGUCCGUACGGUAAAUAAGCAAAGCAUUCAGCCAUUAGCUAAGUACAGAGACUAAUAAAGGAGGGAUGGACAGUUUAACAUUUUGUAGUAACAAACCCCACCUAUUGCCACCUCUGAAUCAUAACAGUGAAAUACCUGAUACCCGAUACUUAAAUACGACUUUUAUGUUUUAAAUGAAAAUUUGUGCUGACAGUUGAAAUUAGCUACCGGUACAUUUUAGCCGUUUUCUAUGUCUGUUGCCUAGCAACAGAAAGGCGCGAAUAGACGUUUUUACAUAUUUGUUUUACAUAAACUAAGGAAAUAUGGUAUAAACACAGAAUUAUAAACACUUAGAGAUAGUUAGGCUGGUUAUGUUAUGCUUAAGCCUAGCUGUGGAGUCAUUUUAACAUACACGGGCCAGCCAUUACAUCAUAACACCAUAAAUAAUACUUCUACAAAGCUACGAUUGUUUUAGUUUUUGUUGACAUGCUGAGACAGGUGAUAAUUGUUCUUUAAAUGAAGUUGUAGGUGUGGACAAGGUGCCAGAGUUGAACAACCUUCCUUAUAUGAAGAUAUAAGAAAACCUUCCAUAUAACAUACGCCAGCAGGCUACACCACCAUGAAGUACAAAUACAAUAUUCACCUGUCCUACCAAAUCAACAAAAACUAAUAUAGAAAAAUAAACUCUUAGGCAGAAUCUCCCAAGAUUUAAAGAAGGUGGCUAAUUGGAAACUUUUAGCUGGUUUGCCACGUCACUCCUGCAUUAUUGUUUAAUCCAUCCCUGUGUACACCUUCACUAUGAUCAAUCAGUCUGUCAUGUCUGUGUUUACCUUUCUACAGGUAGGACCUCCAGAGAUCUGCAAUCCCAUCCUCCAUGCUGGUGUUUACAUUGUGAAUGUUAUUAAUUAGGGCUCUGCAGUUCUUUUAUUUCAAUUUACAUCAUUGAUUUACAUUUGUCAAACAUUUACACAAGGUUUUAUUUAGUCCGGAACAUCCAUCUGAUGUUGAUUGUAUGUGAGCAGCUUCCCAAAGCAUUUUUCUCGGUUUUACACCGCUCUCAAUCCUGUUGCCAAUCAGUUCAACCUGCUAAAGAACAAAAAGCCCCCGAAACAUUUUAAAGGCACAGUCUUGAGAAAUCAAACUCAGAAGUGAUUAAUAAAGAAGCUUUUUCGUCUUCUAAGAGCAGCUGUGAUCUGACUGAUGAAAGAUCUACGGGGUCGGGCAAAGGAAAAACUUCCAAUCAAAAAUGUGAAAAAUAUUAUAUGGGUUGUUUAAGGCCCUUUGCUGCUUUGUACAAUUUAAUUUGUAUUGUUUUCAUUUUUUUUUGUUUUCUCUAUGUUGCGUUGUACAGGCUGUUACAUAACAAAUCAUAUCUUCCUGAUUUAUAAAAAAUGAAAAUAAACUGACAGACAGUAUGCACAGAAGGAUGGAUACAUCAGUGUUUUUGUGGACGUGGGCUGUGAAACAAAAAGAUGAAGAAAAGACAAAAUCUGCUCCUGCUUUAGUUUCCUUUCUUUUUCAAGUUUUAUUUCGAGUAGGAAAAAAGUCCGGUCACUGACAUGUUAUUGCAGUGUUGCAUACUUACUCACACCUUUUCCAAAAUGCUGUAGACUAAUUACUCAUUAAGGCCAACAGUGACGAUUUAAUAGCUUCUUUAAGAAAUGGUGGUUGCUGCUGCUUAGGAGCAGCUUGUUCCUGCCAUUGAAGAACAGACACACACAAAAUAAUCCAGACUCGCUCAAGGUUCAUAAACCAAAAAUUUACAAUCUGCCAGUUUUCAUUUCUAAAAUCUUAUGGUAUGAUGCCACUGUAGCUUAAGACAUUUGUUACAAGUGAGCUGCUGCUGGGUUGCAUAGCUGAUUUUGAUUUCUAAUCUGUUUUGAAGACAAAUUUUGCACCAGUUUUGACUUUAAAAAUUGGACCCUGAGUUUUUCUUAUAUUCUAAUUCCGAGCCCAGUCCAGACCUCUUCUUUUUGAGCUUUGUUAAAUAUUUCUAAGACUUUUGGUAAACACUUUCUUUCUGUUUCAUGUCCGAGCAAUGAAAGGGAUAUUCUGGCGUAAAAUUAAGUUAGGGUCAAACACACUGUAACACUGAGUUAGAUACCCCAUCGAGCUGCUUGCUUGUACGGCGAUCUCUGGGCGAGUCCAUUGACUGCAGCGGGGGGAUGCAGCUCAAGGAAGAACACUACUUUAUCAUUUUUUUUAAGUAAUAAUCAUCAAAUUAAUCAUUUUGCACUGCAGACGCGGUAUUUCUUCUGCUUUAGUGUCUCUGUCUGAUUGCAUUCCCAUGAGGAAAUAAUCAUAAAUGUUCUGUCUUGAACUGCGUCAAUGGACUCGCCCUGAGAUCUCCGUACAAGCAAGUGGCUGCUGGAAGAGAGUAGGUGAGUUGUGUUUAGUCUCUUUGCUAUAGAAAUUAGGCAAAGUUAAAAAGAUGUUUGAUGACUAGUACUAUGGCUGGGACUCUAUAUGUACUGUUGAUGAAGUUAGGUGCUGUUCUGAGCAUUAUCUGUGGCUAUAAAGUCGUGUUUUGGUUGAGCGUGUGGCUCUCUGUAUUGCUAUCCGCGGUCAUUACUAAAGUUGGUAUAACUAGAGAAGCAAGCGGUCUGCAACAUUCAUCUCUCUACAGGGUAAUUUUGCGCCAGAAUAUCCCUCUAAUACAGUGCACAAGUCAGGAAGUGGUUAUCUUUACUUUGAGGAAUUAGGGGAGGCUAUUAGGUGGGGUGGGCAGGAAUCCCUUAAAGAAGCAUCUUUUUGUGGUUUAUAUACAAAAAAAGCUUUUAAUAUCAGUCAAUAGCUAUUAGUUAUUGGUGACACGUAGGUAUAUCACGAUAUCGCCGUGUUUUGUUAUGCCUGUGUUAAAAUUUUUGAGCGGCCCGCUCUUUCUGACUGUUAACAAGUCAUUCUCUGCCUCCCCUAACCUGAUUGGUUGUGAGGCAGACGCUGCUCCCUCGUGGUGUGAGGCACGCUCAACGUCCUCGACUAACGCGCACGAGCCCAAACAAAGUUAGCGUGCUACAUUAUCGGACUGUAGAAACCAACCAGAAUGUACGAAAAAAUGUCUGAAUCCUCCUUUACCCACGACUGCAAACACAAGCAAGAAAACGAAGAAAAUACCGGAGACUCUGGCGGGAUAACAGGCGCUUAAAACGGAGGUAGACUGGACAAGAGCUAAAAUGCCGCGUCAACGUCAACGAAGCUAGCAUAAACGUCCGGGGACGCUUCGGGAUCUUAUGGACCCUGUAACGUUUCUGUUGGACAGGUAAACCGCUUUAACAAAGUAAGCCAAGUGUCUGUAACAGAAGUGCUUCCUGUAAAACGGGACCUGUUGCGUGUUGUGGCGCCGCUACGCCGCCAUUUGUAGUUAUCUAAAGUAUUUAUCUUCAUUAUAUCCGAUACGAGCGAGCACGAGCGUGUUUGUGGGCGGGGCUUGCUCUAGGCUCCCGAUAUCGUAUCUCUUGCUAAUUAACGAACGUUAGCCACAAUGACUUCUUUUGGGACAUAAUGAACAGACAAAAUAGACAAAUAUAAGUUGAAAUUCAAAGUAAAGGGGCAGAUUGCUAAAUUUUGUGCUUAGCUAACAACCUCCUGACUUUGACUGGUACUUGUUAGAGCAUUAAAACUCAAAUGUGUUGUAGUUCUUUUGUUAAUUGUUUAACUAUUCGUUCAUGUUUCAAUUCAGAUGGCUAAAAUCUGGGACAAAUUUGCAGUUGAGCAACUGGAUUUAAGCCUCAGAACUGGGAAUACCGCAGAGCAGCAACAGGUAUUUGGUAAAAAUUAUUACUUUGUACAUUUAAAGCACUUACAGUAGCAAAAACUAAAUAUGAAAUGUGAAUAUUUAGCAAUAUUUAAAGUUAGCUUGGAAUGCUCCCCUCCCACUGGUGAAGAGAUGGUGUCCUUCAAGGACAAAAAGCUCCCAAGAUGCUCGGUAAUUCUGACCCUCCAAUUACACUUAUACAAUGGAAACAUCUAUCAAUGUUAAGUCUUUUGUGCACAGCAACCUUUACCAUAUUCUUUAUCUUUUGCUCUGUGCAUUUUACACUCCCGUUCACUAAGUUUGUCCGUUCUGUGCUAGUGUAGUCACUCAGUGGAAAAAGAUGCUCCUAUGUAGGUAUAAAAUGCUCAUUCUAAGUUAAAAAAAAUCAAAAUUGUUGUUAUAUUCAGGUCAUUAAACGCUACUUUAAAAAUAAUAUAUUCCCUUUGUUACCAAGUCUGUUCAACUAAAUGUUGCUGAAUACUACACACUGCACCUUAAAGAGGGAAGGACAGAUUUUACGCAGCUUUGUGUCAAUGUUGGACGUUAAAAUUAAAAUUGUAUAUCAAAGGGUGACAAAUGGAAAAAGAUGAUGUAAAAGUUUGUUUCAGCAUCAUUCAAACAUACACCUGACCUCCCACCUGCACACAUUCAUGCACACAGUCUUCCAAAUAUCCCAGAAACCACUGACAACAAAAAAGAAUCCGACACAGUUUUAAAAAAAUAGCGAAAAGUUCUUUGUACACUUACACAUAACAACUGUUGACAUGUGCCCAAACCCUGACGUACAGCAUUCACUCCCAAACAGAAGGUUGUAAAGCAUCAAGCUACAGUGGGUGCUUUUAUAAAAACGCAUGAUCACAGUUGUUCAAAUAAAAUGGCUCCUUUUUUCCCCCAAAAUAAAUAAACAGUAAAACAACCUUCAUUACAAACAAACAGACUUCCAUUUCUUUUGUUUCAUUACCAUUUUAAAAAAUCAAAAUGUCCACAUAGUCGACUACAGCAGCUGUUUUUGCUCCCAGCUCCGAUAUAAAUAAAAGUGGGGAGUUCUUCGAGCAAUUGUGGGUAGAAAAACUCCCCUGAACCCACCAUCACACACACACACACACACACAUACAAAGGGCUCGUUGCCUCACCUGCUGCCACACAUUACUGGAAAGGUGAGCCAAUAAAAUCCCCUUCUAACAGCUUAAAAUUCAGAUUUUACCCAUCAGUACUUGGGUAAUUCCUCUGUUUCUACUUGUACGACUCACUACGUUCUAAUGUAUCAGAGUGAAGUGACAGUUUGAUUGUUACGUGGAGAUUUUUGCAGACUGAGGUGGCGGACGGUUUUUGAAAUAUUUCAUCAGGACCGGCGAGUGUUGGUGCAACCAAGAGGCAGAGCUGGACAGCAAAACUACAAAGAGAGCACUCAAAUAUUCCUUUUUUUCUCUCAGGAACGGAGGAAGAGGAAGAGGAGGAGGAGGAGGGAUUAAGAAGAGAGACAGAUGAUAUUUUAAAAAAGGGAUUGUUCUCCCAGAAUUCAUCGCGGCUGGUUUUGGGAGGAGAAGAGAGACAAAGGGAGGUCACUAGAGAGAAGAGGAGGAGGGAGAAAGGCGAGCAGCAAUUUGAUUUGAGAACUGUUUCAUCUCUCAUCAUCUACUUUACAGGAGUUUAGUUUUUCCUUCAUUUCAGCGGCUUCAGAAUUUUUUUGGACCCCAGGCAGAUGCCUGCUUUGGCGCAACGCCCGUCCCAAAGGUGGGGAAAUCCUCGGCGCUGCUCAUGUCAGGAGCCU